GGUGUUUUCUAGGUAAAACUUCUCAGCAGAGCGCGGUGACUGGUGUUACUUCCUGCAUUUCUGCCUGUGCAUCCAGCCUCCUCACCUCUGCCGUCGGCCCAGGCAGCCGAGUCCUCUUCCAGUUGUGGCUCUUGGGGAGGAGGGGGAAAACACCCUGUGCCAAGAAACUCCAGCCAAGGGCUUUGAAGCUUGCUGAGGUCCAGCGGCAAGAAGUAAGACCUCGCAAUGAAAAGGGCUGGGCUGUUUUAAUUGCAAACAGCGUUACUGGCUUUGCUUGUUAAACGACUGCACGCGCUGCCUGGCUGCACCGCCGCCGCGUCCAAGCCUGUCCCACGCAAGCAGGAGCUCACGGCAGCUGCUCCCAGGGUCUGGAGAAGCAGCUUUUGGAUAUUUCUCCCCAAGAACCAAAGCACAUGACGGAGCAGGGGAAGGCUGAGCUGUCCUUUCACCAGGAGUGCUCACUUUGGGGUGCUUUGGGCAAGGAAGAGCGGCCAAGCUGGAGACGAUGACGGUCGAGAGCGCUGAAACCAACGGACCCAUGCGGGAGCUGGAGGCCGGGGGGACGAAGCCACAAGUGCCCCCCGCCCCGCCCCGGCGCCGGGGCCGCAGGCUGCGGCACAAGUCACCGCCGGAGGUCCCCGUGAAGGGGCAGCUCCGCAUGCGCUCGCCGUCAGGAGCCUUCGUCAUGGUGGGCAUCUCGGUGGUCCUGGUGGGCAUGACCAUUGCUGUGGUGGGCUACUGGCCCCACCGGGGACCCGCGGGCACUGGGGCCAGCAUGGGGAAUGCCAGCACUGCGGGGGACAUGAGGAGGGAGGUGGCUGCCGGGCGCCACGUGCCCCACAGCGAGAAGCUCAAGCUGAUCGGCCCCGUCAUCAUGGGCAUCGGGCUCUUCAUCUUCAUCUGUGCCAACACCAUGCUGUACGAGAACAGGGACAUGGAGACCCGCAGGCUGAUGCAGAAGGGGCUCUACUGCAUGGCGGGGGGUCUCCCCGAGGGCUCUGGCCCCGAGGUCGGGCACUGCCAGCACGGGGACGGCCAGCCCGUCCCCAAGGCCAAUGCCGAGUGUGUGGAGGGCUGCUACCAGGUGGAUCUUUCCUGCCAGCCCUGUCCCGGCCCCGGCAGCAAGUGGUCUGACUGCUACGGCCCCAACAGGCUCCAGACCACGGCCGAGUUCCUCCAGCACCCAGCAGCAUCCCCCGCCGCCUCCCUCCUCAGCCUCCGCUCCGGCACCUCUGCCGAGGCCAACCUCAGCCUCUCCUGCCACGCCGGAGCCGAGUCCCUCCUCUCCUCGGCCGUUGGCGCCUUGGCGUUGCCCAUCAUCAAGCUCAACAACCGCUUGCUGGAUGCGGCAGCGCGGGGGGCUGGUGGGAGGGUGGAGGGGGGCCCCACUGAGCCCCCCCGUGAGACACCACAGCUCCCCCAGGCUCCACUCUCCGGAGGCAGCAGCAUCACACCCCGUGGCCAGGACUGUGGUGGUGGUGGUGGCCACAUCAUCAUCAACGUGGAUGGCAGCUGUCCCCGUGCGGAGCCGGCGGUGGCAGAGCUCAGCCCCGAUGUGCAGCUCCACACGCCGGGACAUUCCAAGUCCCUGGACCUCGGCCAGCCGGGGGUGCUGCUGGUGGCCCCCAUCAAGGACCGUAAGAACCGGAGCUGGCCCCGGCUGGACCACAUCAGCCUGGUGGGUUACGCCAAACUGGAAAGUACUGGCGAGUCCUCGGACCGGCUGCUGGAGCCCAGCGAGCCCCCGAGCCGGGGCGAGCCCCGACCCAGCUCCUGGGUGGUGGGGGUGGAGCAGGGCACACAGGUCUGACAUCCCCAACGCCCUUGGGGACCGUGAUGUCACCAUCCCUCAUCCUGGCCCCCAGCACCCACCAGCGACCCCUAAACCCCACGUCCAGGAGGGGUUCAGUGAUGGCGUU